CUAAAUUAGGGUAUCUGAGCUGAAAUUUUCUGAAGGUAGUACACAAAGGGCAAGAAAGAGGAGAAAUCAGAAAACUAAUCAAAAAAUUCAAGGCUUGCCCUUGCCAUUACUCCUAAUUGGCCAAUUCGAGCUGCAACCGGAAGCCGGAAAGCCUCAUCGUUGAUCAUCAGCAAUGGCGCUUCUCGCGCCCAGCAUAACGAGCGAGGUAGGCUUGCGUUUGCUUCUUUCCCCAAUUGGUUCCAACGUUGUAACUCGAGCAGCAUGUUGCUCUGUUGGGAUUGUUCUGCCGGUUUACUCUACAUACCAAGCUCUUGAAGCGGAUGAUGAAACCCAGCAAAGGAAGUGGCUGAUUUACUGGGCAGCAUAUGGAUCGUUCAGCCUUGCGGAAGUGUUUGCGGACAAGUUGCUUUCCUGGGUCCCCAUGUAUUAUCAUAUGAAGUUUGCAUUUCUUGUGUGGCUUCAACUUCCAUCAGCCGAUGGAGCAGCACAACUGUACCGAAAGCACUUGCGUCCAUUCCUCUUGAAGCACCAAGCUAGAGUAGAUCUGCUUAUGAACUCUGCCUAUAAGGAAGCGGCAAGACUAAUUAGCUCACACCAGGCAGAAAUUGACUAUGCCACGUCUGUAUACUUGAAGAUCAAGGGAACAGAUGAAGGAGCAACAAUUGCUCGGUCCCAUGAGACAGCACGUCAACCCAGGAAUGAUGGUGAUGAUGAGUCGAGUCGAAACACAUAAAAACCUCCAUAUUUAUAUCCGAAUUGUGCAAGUAUAGUUGAGAACGGCAUUGUGCAUAGAUCAAGCCUCCCAGUCCCUCUUUGUUAUUGAGCUUGUACAGGACUCGAUUGCAGUAGAAUCGAACUAGUAAUAGUCAGUGUUCUUAUUUAGAGAAAUGUUUGCCACCGUAAGCUGGAGCCAGGCUUUGUUAAUUCGAUGCAGUGCCUCAUGGGUUGUCCACUUGGAUUGAUUGUUCCCUAUUUGGAGAUAAGUUGAAAGUUGUCA